GUAUCACAUAGUCAUUCUGGAAACUUUUAUUUGAAUAAGCAAGUUAAAGCAAAACAGAGAAAGACACACACAAAGAAAACGAUCUCUGCAGCUACUGUUCACAACCGCAAGGUGUAUGUAUGUAUAUUGACACGAAUUAAAUUUGGUAACGAAGAGUAUGAAGUUGUGUGCUAUGAUGGGGACACCUGGGAAGUAUUAACAACAAUAUCAUCCAGUUCUCAAAUUCAGCAUAUGGUGGUUUGUGAAUCUAGACAUUUUCAAGGUAAAAACCGGGAAUGUUUGUUUUUCUUUGAAAGACAAGGCAAAACUGACAUUCGGAUAUUUGAUUUUAAAUCAGAGCAACUCAUUUAUAAGAACAGCAGCCCCAUUUGUUUCCGCAUUGGAGCUUCGGUUAUCACCAGUGGCCGUCUCAUAUUAUUACUAGGAGGCUUGCUACCCGAGGAUAACUAUUCAUCAGUUUGCAGUUUUGUUGAUAUCUAUGACAAUGAUGCUACACAUUUUAAGAAACCAUGGAAGAGAGGAAAAAACAUGAAUGUACCUAGAAAGGACUUUGCAGCAGUGAAUUAUAACAAUCGCAUCUAUUGCUUUGGCGGAUUUGAUUCACACAACAUUGCAAUACUCAACGGUGAAUACAUGAACACUGCUGAUGGAGUGUGGACAAUGUUAACAAACAAAAUUCCACUUCCAUUACGUGAUGCUACUGCCUGUUGUGUGGGUGACCACAUUGCAGUAUAUGACAGCUGGAGCAAAGGAAGGAUACGAACAAUGAAUGUUCACACUGAAGAGUGGGAGGUGUGGACAGAGAAUGAAGAUGAGAAUAUGCUUCUACAAGGCAAAGGAUUUCUGUUUACUUCAAGUUGAAUCAAUGAAGAAUUUAAUUGGAACAAUUAUUAUUAUUGUUUUUGGGUAACAACAACGCUUUUUAAUUAACACUCUUCCCCCCACUUCUAUAGCAUGUUUUAAUAAUAGCCUGUUUUUAUAACUGUUGUUUUGCUGUUAAUUCCCUUUCUUGUUUAAAUAAUAUGAUCUUCCUUAUCGUUUCUAAGAGAUAAAGAAAAAUUAUAUAUUUUAUUUUGCGCUUUAUCACAUACGUCCACAAUGGUAAUUGAACCAAGUUUUUAUACUCAUUAGUUUAAGUAGCAGAUGUUUAACCUGUUAAUUUAUGUAUUUUUUCAACUACAAGGUUUUAAUGGAGGUUUACAUUAAUGUGUUUUUAUAUAAUAGGUUCGGGCACAAUGACUUACUUGUUUAAACCUCGUUUUAAAGCUCCCAAGACAAAGAAUAUUUGUACCUGAUUUUAAAGUGUUUGUAAUAUGUACAUAGAAUUGUGAAUUCAUAAUAAUCAAUCCGUUAAAUAAAUUCCUUUAUUAUUCAAAGCA